ACACACGGUCGCUCUAGACCCCCAUCAGGAUCGGCUUCCGCGAUGGAGCGGCGCGCCGAUUCGCCUCCCGAGCCCUCCGAGACCCCCUCUCCGCCACCUCCGCCGCCUCCGCACGACGCGCCAUCCGCCGACGCCGGUUCCGGCGACGAGGACCCAGCCGAGCCUGCGCUUGCAGGCUCUGCGCACGAGGCAGAGGCAGAGCCGCCAGCCCCUGCCGAGGAGCAACUGCCAGUCAAGCUCUUUCUCGGCGGACUCUCGCUCACGUCCGGCCUGACUCCUGCCGACCUGCACGACUACUUUUCGCAAUUUGGAGAAAUCACCGAGGUCGUCAUCAAGCCGCCUUCAGCGGGCUCGCGCCUCUACCCGAGGGGCGCUCGGACUGCGCGCGCCUACGCCUUCAUCACGGUUGCCGACGCCGCCACCGCCGAGGCCAUCGUUGCGCAGCCGCACACUAUCAAGGGGUGUCCGCUCUCGGCGCCCCUGUACGCCAAGUCGACUGCGACCCGCCACGACGGCAGCGGAGAUAGCUACGCCGGCGGCGACAGCGCCGGCGUCCGCGGCGGGCGGGUCGGCGCAACUGGUGGAGGCGGAGGUGGAGGCGGGUACGGAGGCGGGUACGGCGGUGGGCAGGGACCUUACGGCCCGAUAUACGACGAGAACGGCGCUUGCCUCAAGUGCUUUGCGGGUGGGCUCGGCCACGACGUCACGGAGGCCUCGUUCCGCGCCUUCUUCGAGAACUUCGGCCCGCUCACAGACUCGGUCAUCAUGCACGACCACCUCACCCGCCGGCCGCGCGGCUUUGGCUUCGUCACCUUCGCCGAGCGUCGGUCGGUGGACGCGCUGCUGAGCAAGCAAUACCACCACAUCUACGGCCGCCGCAUCACAAUUAAGCUGGUCGCCCCGAUGGGAGGA